UCUUCGGCCACACCACAAGUUUUACACGAGUGAUUCUUGAUCUUGCCGACGUCGUUUUACCCUUUACUUGUCACAAAAUGGAGGACGAAUCCACUCAAAUUCUUUCAAUUCAAGAGAAUGAUGACGAUGAGGAGACUUUUUUUGCAGAAUUAGCUGAAGUGCCGAUUGAUCCUCCUGCGAAAAGAGAUACUUGUUCAAGUUGCGGUCGACCUGUGAGUGUUGGCCUAUGCCGCUUCUUCCCCAAGGAGAGGAUUCCGAUCGACUCCUGUGUGUACAUCAUCCAGCAUCCUAAUGAAGAGAAGCGCUUGCUACGGACAGUACCCAUCCUUACUUCUUGCCUACCUCCUGGAAAAUGUCAGGUCAUAAAAGGCAAAAGAUUCUCAGAAAAGAGCUAUCCCGAAUUAGCCAAAUUGUGCUCCAGUCCAAACACGAUAGUCUUGUUUCCAGGCCCUGAUGCUAUAGACAUCAAUGAGCUUCCCGUUCCGCCACCCAGCACCAAUGGCCAUAGCCAGGGUUACAACAUCCUCGUCAUGGAUGGGACUUGGCAUCAGGCUACCAGUAUCUUCAAAGCAAAUGCCAUGUUCCAAAUCCCUCAACAAGUGCAAUUUACAAAUUCUGGAUCCAGUGAAUAUACCAUCCGGACGCAGCCUCUCGAUUCAACAGUGUGUACAGUGGAGUCAGCUGCUAUAGCGCUGUCUGUGCUAGAGAGAAACCCGGAAAUCAGAGAAAUCCUUGCCAAGCCGUUGAGAGCAAUGUGUCAGUUCCAGAUGAACCACGGUGCAGUGGUACAUCACAGCAAAGAGUAUCUCAAAGCACAUCCAGAGCUUCCUCAGUACAAGAGCUGGUUGCCUCGUAAAAAUGAGCCAUCCCAUGAUAAGUCAUGACGGAGAGGCAUCCUGGAGUGUUACCUAGCAACCAGAUGACUUACUCUCCUCCAGGCUAAUGAUGCGACACGAGGAGGAGCAAGUAUUACGACGGAUCAUAAGCCUAAGCCUCAUGCUGGAUUUUGAGGUUAUACUUAUCAUCAUCAACAUACAGUGUAUCCAUUGGUUAUUCUAUUUUUGUAUGGUUUAUUAAUGUGCAUGUAAGCCGGUCUGUUACAUUCAGAAUAAGUUUGAGUUGUUCUUGAACAACCAGGUAUUAACAUUGUAUUUUUAAAAACAUUCUUUAACAAAAAUCUAAAUUAGUUGAAUCAUUUUAGAUCCAUUCAAACUCUUACAAAAGGCCUUAUGAGCUAAAUCCAGGAUUUUGUUUCAGAAUCUGAGACAAAGAUACCCAAUCCCUUUAACAUAUUGGAAUGGAAAACCCUCUGUUACUGCUUCAUUGUUUUCUGAGUACGCAUUUGAAGGAUAAGGGCUAUCAAAUUGUUCUUAUACUAUGAGGGUAAAAAGGUGGAAUGAUGCCCAUUUCAAAGUUAAGACGCCUUAAUGUCACCCUUCUCUUUCCUCCCAAAUAGUCCACUGUAUCAUAAGGCAAAUGAUAACAUUUUCACAAGUGAACAAAAAAAAAAAAAGAUGUUUAUUUGGUAUUAAAGGAAAUGACACAAUGUACAAAAUGUAGACAAUUUUUUGUUGAAACAACAGGACAUGUAUUUAACACAACACCAACUUCAGCCAAAAUUGCAGGAAAAAUCUUAAUGCACUACACUUUCAAUGAUCUAUUGUACAGUUAGUAGUUUACAUACUUGCAUGUCACUGUUUCAGAGAAGUUAUAAGACAGUAAUCUUGUCUAUCAACGGCAUUAAACAGAAGUGCUAUUUGUUUUCUUUAGUGCUGCCAUUUUGAAAUUUUGUUACAAUUUUGAUGGUUCCAAAACUUUGACAUAAUCAACAAUUCAGAAAACUUGAUUGGUUGAUUGGUUGCUUUUAUUCAUAUUUCAUGCAAAAUUAAGAAGCAUAUUACAUUUUACAAAACAUUAACAUUUCUUUAUGUAAUAUGGAAAUAAACAAUCCCGAAUCAUUGUAAUUAAAAGUGUAACAGCAGGCACAAAGGACACACAACGAA